GAGUGUGGCAUCGAUAUCAGAGCAGCCUUAGUGUACUCAGGAGUGUUCACACAGAUCUUUAUAGAGGAGAGAGGGCUGUACCAGGACAAGGUGUUCUGCUUUGUCCAUCUGAGUGUUCAGGAGUUUCUGGCUGCUCUUCAUGUCCAUCUGACCUUCAUCGACUCUGGAGUCAACCUGAUGGAAGAAACACAACCACAACCUUAUUUCUUCUCUACAUUAUUUAGCAAAUCAUAUGUAAAUGAUCUCCAUCAGAGAGCUGUUGACCGGGCCUUACAGAGUCCAAAUGGACACCUGGACUUGUUCCUCCGUUUCCUCCUGGGACUUUCACUGCAGACCAAUCAGAGACUCCUACAAGGUCUGCUGACAAAGACAGGAAGUAGCUCACAUACCAUUAAGGAAACAGUUCAGUACAUUGACAAGAAGAUCAGGGAGAAUGUGUCUGCAGAGAAAAGCAUCAAUCUGUUCCACUGUCUGAAUGAACUGAAUGAUCAUUCUCUAGUGGAGGAGAUCCAACAGUCUCUGAGUUCAGGAAGUCUCUCCACAGAUAAAMUGUCUCCUGCUCAGUGGUCAGCUCUGGGUUUCAUCUUGGUGUCAUCAGGAGAAGAUCUGGAUGAGUUUGACCUGAAGAAAUACUCUGCUUCAGAGGAGGUUCUUCUGAAGCUGCUGCCAGUGGUUAAAGCCUCCAGCAAAGCUCAACUGAGUGACUGUAACCUCUCAGAGAGAAGCUGUGAAGCUCUGUCCUCAGCUCUCAGCUCCCAGUCCUGCAGUCUCAGAGAACUGGAUCUGAGUAACAACAACCUGCAGGAUUCAGGAGUGAAGCUUCUCUCUGCUGGACUGGAGAGUCCAAACUGCAACCUGGAGACUCUCAGCUUGUCAGGCUGUCUGAUCUCAGAGGAAGGCUGUGCUUCUCUGGCCUCAGCUCUGACCUUUAACCCCUCCCAUCUGAAAGAGUUGGACCUGAGCUACAAUCAUCCAGGAGACUCGGGAGUGAAGCUGCUGUCGGCUGGACUGAAGGAUCCAAACUGGAGACUGGAAGCUCUCAGGGUGGAGCCUGCUGGAGUCCGAUGGUUGACACCAGGUCUGAGGAAGUAUUCCUGUCAACUCACCAUCGACACAAACACAGUGAACAGAUACCUCAAACUGUCUGAAAACAACAGGAAGGUGACACGUGUGGUGGAUCUUCAGUCAUAUCCUGAUCAUCCAGACAGAUUUGAUCAUUAUCAGAAUGUCCUGUCUACAACUGGUCUGACUGGUCGCUGUUACUGGGAGGUUGAGUGGAGUGGAGGAGUUGAUAUAGGAGUGAGUUACAGAGGAAUCAGGAGGAAAGGAAACGAUGGAGAUUGUAGGUUUGGAGGGAAUGAUCAUUCUUGGAGUCUGACCUACUCUGAUUAUGAUAGCUACUUUGUCAGGCACAAUGAAAGACGAACUUGUCUCCCCUCCUCCUCCGUCUCUCACAGAGUAGCAGUGUAUGUGGACUGUCCUGCUGGCAUUCUGUCCUUCUACAGCGUCUCCUCUGACUCUCUGAUCCAUCUUUACACCUUCAACACCACAUUCACUGAACCUCUCUAUGCUGGGUUUGGGCUCUGGUCUGGUUCUGGUUCUUCAGUGUUUCUCACAGAAAACAGUAACUUGAAGAUGGUUUCAUUCACUGAUGCAUCUUUUGGAAAUCUUUCAGAUGGGGUCACUCAAGGUGGGAACUUAGUUCUUUGAUGGGUGACAAUGGGCGGUUCGCUGCCAUUUCAUGGCAGUCAGAGAAUUAAGAGAAUUGGCAGAAGCACACUCGCCAUGUCUGAGGAGGGUGAUGCCAUUUUUCUUUCUGCACUCUUUUCUGAACUCAGUGUUGGUAGUACUGCUUGUCCUCCACCUAUAAUCUGUGUGACUGAYAAUUUCUCUCUUGUUGAUGCACUUAAGUCAGCUGAGUUUGUUGCAGAGAAAAGGUUAUUCCUGGAAAUCAGUUCAAUUAAAGAGCUGAUAGUUGAUGAAAGUUCAUCAAAUGUCGUGGUCUCAAACAAAAGACCAACUCACAGACUGUUUAACAAAGAAGGGAGCAUCAACAAUCUCACUCAUUAAGGCUCUUUAUGAAGGACUUUGGAUUAUUCAAUAAAUUAAUUCACAAGAUGUUUCAUAUUCUAUCAGGUUGCAGCUGUCGUCAGUGGCUGUGCCUUGUCAUGAGUCUUCAAAAAUAUAUAUAUCUUUGUUUUUUUCAGCUAGGGGACACUUAUGGCAGGAGCAUAUGUUCUUGGGUUUGUACUCUUCUGCUCUGGUUAUCUGUUUGGGUGAUGAACAUGGCGGAAUAAAGUUGAGCAAAUAAGUUAUCUUUACUGACAGAUCGAUUUACAGGAUCUUGAAGUUUGUUCCAAAUUUGUGGUGCAUAGAAGCUGAAUGCUGCUUCUACUCAGUGUUCCCUCUAAUUUUUUAUGUGUCUAAUUUUUCAGCAGCAACUUCCAUUAGUUUGCUUUUAAUAAAAGUGAUUUGCCUCACUUAAAAUGAAAAAAUAAAAACAUUGCUGUUCAUAAGAUGCAUAGUAUGUUAUAUGUAAGAGUCCUGCUUUGGCCAUGGUGAGCCAUGAUAAAGCGUUAGCUUUCACGUCUCCCAACUCCGCCGCACUGUUCCUACCUAGAAAAUCUGCAUGGUGCCACCGCGCAUAUGGGCAAGGCACGUACACACAAUAGUUUGUGAUGAUUGGCUGUGUAGUGAAAGUGAACCGUAUUGUAUCAUUGGCUGAACACCUGUGAGUCACCGAGUUAGAUUGUUAUUGGUCCAUAGUCAAUAACCUUGAUGUCUUGAGCUCAAAGCCCAGUUUACGUUGGAUUUUAUUUUAUGUGCUGCAUAGAUUUUAUUGUGCGCUGAGCAGUGCGCAAUCACGCAACUUAUAGGGAACAUUGAUUCUCCUCUUUUGGCUCUGGUUCUGGAUGCAGAGCAGAACCUGAGAGGUCUGGAAGGUAGAUACAACGUCAGAUCUUUAAUGUGUUGUGGCUAUAAGCCAUUCAGUGAUUUAUAAACUAGUAACAGUACUUUAAAGUUCAUUCUCUCUGUGUAGGGGCUGUAGUACUGGGGUGAUGUUCUUUAUCUUCUUGGUUUUAGGCAGAACGCCAACAUUAUGAUCAGUUUAUUAGCCUGUGUCAACAGAUCACCUUUAAAUCAGAGUAACUAAGAGUAAAAGAAUUUAAACCUCGAGUGAAAAUGAGCAGGAGAUUUUAAAAUCAUAAACCUGAUGAGGCCAAUUCACAAGUCAAAAUUUUGGGUUUUAAAUUUUGGAUUUCCUCAGUGUUGCUGCUUCAUGCUGUUCUUUUCUUUUUUUUUGAUCCAAUAAUUUUAACAGAUCAGGGAUGAGUUCAAGGGUUUUUAUUAGAUUUAUGUGGCUACAUUUGUCCAUUGCAAAUGGGCUACAUUGCAAAAAAUCAUCUGUAAGGAUGAUUUUUUUACCAUCCUUACAGAUGGUAAAAAAAUCUGUAAGGAUUUUUUUACCAUGUUUUCCACACAAAGAAAACAUGGUAAAAAAAAUGAUCAGCCCAGGAAAAUGUGGUAUGAGCCUGUCUGACUCAUCACAAAUUUAUUACAUUCAAAAAAAUCACUCAGCCACAGUUUUAGUUAAAGAUAAUUAAACACAACUGGACAAGGUUUUCAGCUUGCCUACUUUUACCUACUGAGACGUUUUGUGUUUCAGUCUGUGGUGUGAAACUAUGGACCAGUUUGACUCCAAAUAUUAACCAGUUUAAACUUUUGUGUAAGGAAAUGAUUUUCAAUAAAUAUGAGAAAAUGUCUUGAUGUAUUAUGUUGUUGUCUUUAUAUGGCGUUGUUAAUAUUAUCAGAGUUUAUUGGUAUAUUAUUGAAUGUCUUGUGUUAUCAAGUAGAAUCAAGGUAUUCUGAUACAGUCUUUAUAAAUAGGUUAUGAUCAUUUUGUGAUGUUGCUGGAGAUGGGCUGGGUUUAAAUAAGUUUAUACUUCUACCCACUCCUUUGAACACUGGAUUAUUGAAUUGCAUAAAUACUCCCAGUUGCAAUUUUAUUUGUAACUUCGCACAUUCAAUAAAAGGCAAAAUACAACGAUUUUAAUCUGUUGCUUUGAUCAAUAAAGUUAUAAUCCAAAAUUCUUGAAGUUUAUAUUUUCCAGAUUUCUAAAACAGUUCAGCCCAAUUCCAAGUGUGAGUUGUAAAAUUGAUUUUACAGUUGUACUGUUUCAAAAUACCAUUUUUUCCCCAUUUUAUGUUAAACAGUUUACUCUGUGAAAGAUCUGCUUCCUCCCAGAGAGGCAGCAGAUCUUAGAAAGAAACAUCUGUUCCACGACCUUUGGAGAAAUUUAGGUUUUGUUUUAGACUAACUGCUGUGAAAUAAAUGCUUAUUACAAUUU